CAACGAUGAUCUUUUGGACUUUGAGUGUGGUGACUGUUCUGUCUUAUCCGCUGGAGUGAAAGGGAAAUCUGCCUGCCUGGACAUCUUCAAUCAGCAUCACUUGGAGGGCUCAUUUGCAAUGCUCACUGCAAGCAUCUCCUUCUUUUUCCCUGCAGACCCUUUCUGCAAAAUGGUACCAACGAAACUGCGUGUGGCAGUAAUUGGGGCAGGAGCGGCAGGACUGUGUGCUGCACGGCACAUCCUUGCCUCUUCUCGGACUUUUGCUCCACCCGUGGUAUUUGAGGCCUCGGAUCGCUUGGGAGGCACCUGGAUUUACACAGAGGAGAAAGAAGAUGCCAUGGGAAGAAUCAUCCAUUCCAGCAUGUACCGGGACCUCAGGACCAACCUGCCCAAGGAAUCAAUGGCCUUUCCGGAUUUCCCCUUUGAUCCAUCACUGCCUUCAUUCCUGCACCACUCGGAUGUUCUGACCUACCUGGAUAGCUAUGCAGAGCAGUCUGGAGUCUGUGACCAUAUCAGGUUCCAAUGGCAAGUUGAGGAGGUCAGGCCUGUCCAGAGGGAUGCAGGCCGCCUAGGUGGCUGGGAAAUCACAGCCUCAGUGCAGCACCCAGAGUCAACCCGACAAGUCACAGAGCACUUUGAUGCCGUCAUGGUCUGCACUGGCCAUUACACUGUCCCAUUUAUACCUCCCAUUCCCGGGUUGGACGCUUUCCAAGGCCGUCUUCUACACAGCCACUCUUACCGCUAUCCAGAGCCCUUUGCCAACCAAUCUGUUGUACUGGUAGGCGCUGGUCCAUCAGGAGUUGACCUGGCCUUGCAACUCUCCAGUGUAGCUGCUCAAGUAGUACUCAGCCAUAAAAGGCAACAUGUGUGCGGGCUGCCCAAGGAUGUGAUACAGAUGCCUCCACUUCUGAAAGUGGGGCAAAAGACAGUGGUAUUCACAGACGGUUCUAAGAUGCCAGCUGAUGUCUUGAUUCUCUGUACAGGCUACAAGUACAGCUUUCCCUUCUUGGACUUGGCCCAGUUGGGCUUACAAGAGACAGAUUAUGGAAUGGGUCCCCUGUACCAGCAUUUACUACCUCCCCAGCACCCAUCACUCUUCUUGAUCGGGGUUUGUCAGCAGAUAUGUCCUUUCCCACACUUCCACUGCCAGGUGCUAUUUGCGCUGGCUGUGCUAAGUGGGCGCUGUUCCCUCCCUUCUGUGGCCGACAUGGAGGCUGAAGUCCAAAAACAGCUGGGACUAUAUUUGAAGAAUGGAGGGUUGGCUCGGUACUUCCUGAAGCUGAAGGAACAGCAGUGGAGUUAUAUGGACAACCUAGCUCACCUUGCUGGCUUCCCACCUGUGCCACCUGCUGUCCAACAAAUUUAUGAAGAUACCCAUGCCAGCCGUCUCUGCAAUGUGAGCACCUAUCGUAGCAGAAACUAUCGGCUAUUGGGCCCAAGUGCUUGGGAGUUGGUGCAGGAUUGGGGUGAGAAUUGCAUAAAGACUGGAGAUACAAAAUGAGGACCCUUAAUCCCCACGUGGCAGUCUUCUCUCUUCCUCUGUGUGGUUUUCCUUCUAAGGCCCAACGGCAAUCAGGGGGAGUUGGGCCAAGAAUUGCCGGGUGAGAUAGAGAAAGAACCAAGUCCUCAGAUGGCAUAAUUGAGGUACAAGCAAGAAACUUGAAGCAGAUCGUAAAAAGGGAGAAAUAAUGUAUAUUCCAUCUGUAAAAGAAGAGGGGACUAGAUUCACACAACAUGCUUAAUCCUAAACCAGGUUUUAU